GGGGGCGUGGUUGGGCUGGGAUUUAAGUUAGGGAGGUGGCGGUGGUAGGGGCGUGGCCUUGUGUGAGGACCCAGUCCCGCAAGGAAAGUGUGGUAGCCAGGGGUGUAGCGGGUGUCUGGGACAAGGCGGGGCUUAAUAGUGCAGCGUCGCUGGGGGCGGGGCCCUGGUGGGUGUGUGAGCUUGGCAGGGGCGUGGCGUGGCGGGGCCAGGUCGCGCUGGGCUGGGUUGGUCAGGGCGUUUCCGUUGCACGGAGCUGCGGAGAGCACUGCCCUGUCUCUCGGAGUGUGCAUCUGUCCUGUUCUCACCCGCAGCCUGCGCUCUCCCGUCUGCCCCAGCCCACUCCUAACUGAAGGCAUCAUGGCUCUUAGAGGCACCGUGACUGACUUCCCUGGAUUCGAUGGCAGGGCUGAUGCAGAAGUUCUUCGGAAGGCCAUGAAAGGCUUGGGCACCGAUGAGGACAGCAUCCUGACCCUGUUGACAUCCCGAAGCAAUGCUCAGCGCCAGGAAAUUGCUCAGGAGUUUAAGACUCUGUUUGGCAGGGACCUUCUGGAUGACCUGAAGUCCGAACUGACUGGAAAGUUUGAGAAGUUAAUUGUGGCCAUGAUGAAGCCCGCGAGGCUCUACGAUGCCUACGAGCUGAAGCAUGCUCUUAAGGGAGCUGGGACAGAUGAGAAAGUAUUAACUGAAAUCAUUGCUUCAAGGACACCUGAAGAACUCAGCGCCAUAAAACAAGUUUAUGAAGAAGAAUAUGGUUCCAACCUAGAAGAUGAUGUGGUCGGGGACACCUCAGGGUACUACCAGAGGAUGUUGGUGGUCCUCCUUCAGGCGAAUAGAGACCCUGAUACUGCAAUUGAUGAUGCUCAAGUUGAACUGGAUGCUCAGGCAUUGUUCCAGGCUGGAGAGCUGAAGUGGGGGACAGAUGAAGAAAAGUUCAUCACCAUCUUUGGGACACGCAGUGUGUCUCAUUUAAGAAGAGUGUUUGACAAGUACAUGACAAUAUCAGGAUUUCAGAUUGAGGAAACCAUUGACCGAGAGACCUCGGGGAACUUGGAGCAAUUGCUCCUGGCUGUCGUGAAGUCUAUUCGGAGCAUACCUGCCUACCUUGCAGAGACCCUCUACUAUGCUAUGAAGGGUGCUGGGACGGACGAUCACACCCUCAUCCGAGUCGUGGUGUCCAGGAGUGAGAUUGACCUGUUUAACAUAAGGAAGGAGUUUAGGAAGAACUUUGCCACCUCCCUGUAUUCUAUGAUCAAGGGCGACACAUCUGGAGACUAUAAGAAGGCUCUGCUGCUGCUCUGCGGAGGCGAGGAUGACUGAGGCGUGCCCCGUGCCUGCUGCCACCAUCCGCUUCCUUCAGCACCGUGCCUGCUUGCAUCCCGUGCCUGCCUGCCUGCCUGCCUGCCACGCUGCCUUAUUCACACUAGUAUGCUAAUGACCAAAGGCGUCUUAGAUGAAAGCAGUGUCCCGCCCUUCUGAUGUUCUGUCUGAUCUAGGCAGUGACCUUCCCUUGUCGCUCAGUCUAACAUCUGAGUUAUUAAUAUUGUCUAUAAAUUGCUUUUUAUAUCCUUUUUUAAAGCUUCAUUUAUAUUAAGUUAAUAACUCUAUUACCUUGAUCGGAACCUUAGCCAUGAAAUUGUGAACUCUUGGAAAUGCUGUCAAUCAAGCUUACUGCUCUAGCAGACCUACAAAAUUAUGAUGGUUGUAUCCAAAACAUUGAUGACAAAUAAAAACAUUCCCUUCCCUCCAAA